UAAGUACAUGGCAAGGCUCCCCUCCUUCCUCCAAAUCCUGCUUCUCCCCCUCCUCCUUCCUCAGGUGACAUUUACGACCCAGCUGUCCCUGACUCCCCUGCUCACUCUGCCUCAUCGCACCAGCACCAGCAGCAGCAGCAGCAGCAGCAGCAGGUGCAGCAGCAGCAGCGGCAGCAGCAGCAGCAGCAGCAGGAGGAGAUGCAGCAGCAGCAGCGGAUGGAGCAGCAGCAGCAGCAGCAACCGUAGGCAGUGCAGCAAUAGCAGCCACAGCAGGAGGUGCAGCAGCAGCAGCAGCAGCAGCCACAGCAGCAGCAACCACAGCAGCAACCUCAUCGGCAUCGCUGCACCACCUCUCCAUUCAUCCUCCCACGCAUCCACACUCGCUCUCAUGGCCCACUCAUAGGACAUCCAUGGG